AUGCCUAUGGACAUUCAACAGAGACUUUACGACGAGAUAACGGCGUCGACACCCGACUCAUCGGACAUCAGUUAUGAAGCAUUGACUCAAAUGCCGUAUUUGGAUGCAGUCGUGUCGGAGUCCCUAAGACUAUACCCACCGGCAGUCCGUCUCGUACGACAGGCUACCAGUGCCUAUAGUUUAGGCGAGACAGGCAUUAGUAUUGAGCCUGGACAGCACGUGGAGAUUCCCAUUUAUAAUGUACAACAUUCCGGGGAGUAUUAUGAUAAUCCAGAGAAAUUUGAUCCUGAUCGAUUCAUGCCAGAAAACAAGCAUAAGUUGGUGCCAUACACUUUUAUGCCAUUUGGUCUAGGUCCACGCACGUGUAUUGGCAUGAGAUUUGGAUUGCUCGUAAUGAAAUGUGCUCUGGCUCAUUUUAUAAUGCGUUACCGCGUGUACUGCAUCCCUGACACUGAUAUACCGCUGCAAUAUAAACGGCUUAUGACUAUUAGAAUGCCAAAAAGGUGCAUGGUCGGUAUUGAACGUAGAAUAUUUUUAUACAAGAAUUACCACAAGUGGACUAAAUUGGGAAUCAAGGGACCCAAACCGAUCCCGUAUUGGAGGGGAAAGAGCGUCCGGGUAUAGUGCAGACAAACAUAUUUAAAACAAGCGGUUACUCUGAUGAGCAAGCUAAAUUGUUUUGGAAAGCUGAUGCAAAUCGUGCAGCAAGAUAUCCCAUUGGACAUUAUGGCGAAC